GCGGUCCAGGUGCUCCAGCCAACCGUGUGCUCAGACGUUCAUCAGAAGAAGAUAGUGGGCCGGAGGAAAGUGUGCGUGUGGGGUAUCGCGAAGGGCAGGGCGCGAUCACAGACGGGUUAUUGUUCUGAUUUAACCGCUGCCUCCUCGCGAUCUCCUCACCCAGAGUCUUCACUCGCAUCCCAUGGGCUUGGAAAACACCGUGCUUCUGAGAUACAGCUGAACUGCCUGCGCGUAUAAUGUUUAAAAAGAGCAAGAGCAAAGUUCUGGUGGAUGAAGCUUCAGAGGAGGACGACGUGUCGUGGCAUCACGAGCACGCGAGGAAGGAUAAAGACUCUGAGGGAACAGAGGAAGUUCUGAGCCCCUCAACAAAGGAUUCAAAAUUAAAGAAGGUUAAAUCAAAGCGAGAAAAAGGAGACAAGAAGUUGUUUCCGUCUCAGGAUGAUGAACACAUCUUGCUGACAGGAGUCACUCUCUCUCACAGAAGAGGGUCUGCUAAGAAAAACUGGGAGGAUGACAAGAGUAAAGCCAAUCCAGAAAAAGACAAAGCGCACUGUCUGUGGGACAGCAUCACAAUGACGAUGAAGCAAAUCACACCCACAAAGAAGAUCGACAAGAUUGAGGGCUGGGAGCCACCUCAGCUGAAUGAUGGAAUGGAGGAGGAAAAAAAUGAUCUGGAGAAGAAGAGAAGCGACUCGUCCCCGUUGUCCUCCCCUCUGUCACUGUCUCUGCCGCAUUCUCUGGGUUUGCCGUCCUGGGUUGGCUUGGGUUCGGAGGAGGACUCGUCUCGUUACGCUAGUCUGACUGAAUCACAGAUGGGCGGCCCUGCCCAGUGGGCGGCUCGGGCGCGAGAUAAAUUAGCCGCCGUUCGUCGCCGAAGUCCAGCCAGCCUAUCAGAGAGUAAUUGGGAGGGGCUAAAAUGAUUUACAUAUUAAUGUCUGUGAGGAUGGCCACACCCCCUUGUAUACCAACUCUAAUUGGACAGCCCACCGAUGUGAAGAAUAGGACCCUCAGACCAAGAGUGCCUGCUUCCAACGCCUGUCAACGAUUUAUUGUCACUUUCCCAUUUGAUAUAAAAUGUAUGUCCAACUUUUGAAUGGAGCUCCUUUAGAGAAAUCACUGGAUGUACUCAUAGUUAAUCACCAUGCUGUUUUGUACAUUAUUUUUAAAGGCUAUAAAAGGCAUUUAAACACUCAAAGGGAGAGUUCAACCAAAAAUGAAAAUCGUCAUUUAUUCACCCUCAUGUCAUUCCAAACCUGAUUUUUUAAAUGUUCCUCCAGGCUGUUUUGAUGAUGAUAAACACACAAGAUGAAGAUUAGCAGAAUCCCAAGAACCAUAAACCUCAGUCAGACACCAUAUUGAAUUUAACGCAGACGAUAACGAGUCUGUGAGGGAUAGACUUUACAGUCUUUACAAUAGUAUGUACUGUAUGCAGGUCUUACAGGUCUUUCAAAACUGUUUUAUUAAGUUUUUGUCUACCAAACGUUUUUCAGAAAGACAUUUUGAAGGCUUAACAAUCAGCAUGUUUUUAAAUAGCGGUACAAUACAUUGAACGCACUGUUCUACUUCUAUCUCUCACAACCUCGUUUUCAUCCCUGUUAAAAAAUAAAUAUGGCGCUAUCCUGACCAAGGUCUGUUGUCCAUUUAAAAGACAUGGUAGCUGCUAAAAUGACAACAAAGUAUCAUAUAUAUAUUCCAAAUUACAGUCCGGAUAUUAUGUGAGAAACAGCCUAUGUCAGUGAAUACAGCAAUAAGUCUUCAUUCAUCCUUCUCCAGUCUCUGCUAAACUUCUCUUUUUCACAGAAUAAAAUCAAACUGGUUUGUGGUGACAUAAGGGUGAAUAAACGACGACAGAAUAUUCAUUUUGUAGGUGAACUCUGUCUCUUUAAAUCCACGUUUUAUUAGUGCCGAUUAGUACCCAUCGUCACAGUCUCAAUCGCCAUAUACUCACUCCUGCUUGAAUCCUCGAUUCACUUGUGACUUGUCGUUAAUUUAUUCCGCUAUGUAGUUGAAGAGUGAAUGUGAAAUGAUGUAGAAACGCCUUCCACUGAUCAGUGUAGAUUUACUGCCUGCUGAUUCACAAUCUUAAUAAGUACUGUAAUUACUCUAUGCAAUGAUUUUCUUGCUAUAAUCCCAAACUACUUGCCAUUUUGAUCAUGCUUACAAUUUAUUCAGUGCCACUAUUCAGUCACAAGAAGAACUUACUGUGACUUGAUAAGACAUACAGGGAAGACAUAUAUGUGCUCGGUUCUGUCGCUGGAGAUUUUGAGCUUUAAUCAAACAGCUAAUUAUAGUUAAUGGAUUCAUUUGGGGAAAACACGGUCUUCUAGGAUUGAAACUAAGUUUUGAAGCAGGUUGGAUGAGUAUCCAGAUUUCUGUUUCAAACCUUAAUAUUUGAAGCCUUCCAAAGACCUCAAGAGCUGUGCCGAUUCUUCUUUCCGGUGCCUCGACUUAAAAUUCAUUUUGUAGUGUGAUCACAUGUCAACCAGUUAUUGUCUUCCAAUACCCCCAACACGAAAAAAAUGAUAAUCAUCGUUUAGAAGUCUAAUAUAAAAUGUGUUUUAUAACCUUUUGGCCGAUGCCAUUGAACUGCCUAAGAUCUAGGUUUGCUAGAAGAACAUUCCUUAGUGUCUUAUUGCUGAUUCUGAAAGUAAGUGGGUUUGCUGCUCUCAGUUGUUCACAGUAGCUUUAUAUAACUAGUCUACCAAUGUGUUUAACUUUGAAAGAUGAUUACAAAUUGUUAGUUUCAGAUUUUGCUCUUUAUAUUUUGGGCCUUUGCGAGAAUCUUAUUUUGAUUUCUAUCUUGAUACUACUGAAUGAUUUUUUUUUUUUCUGUAUUAUGAUUUAAAUGCAAAUAAUAAAAUGUUGUUCCAGGGGUUCAGAUAUGUUGGUGAAGCUGAAUAAAAAGUUACUUUGUA